AUGUCGGGCCGGAUGCUGGCCGAGGGCCUGACCAGUGAGGUGACCUGCCCCGUGUGCCGGGACCUGUUCCGGGACCCGGUCAGGCUGGAGUGCGAGCACAACUUCUGCCGCUCCUGCAUCGGGGGCCUGUGGGGCGAGCUGGAGUCGGGCUUCCGGUGCCCCGAGUGCCGGGAGACCUUCCCCCAGCUCCGGCUCAAGAGCAACCGGCUCCUGGCCAACAUCGUGGAGAGGGUUCGGCAGCUGCGGCUGGACACCGGAGGGGCCGGAGCCAGGGCGGGGGGGUGCUCCCUCUGCCCUUGGCAUGACGAGAGGCUCAAGCUGUACUGCCAGGACGACCAGGAGGCCCUCUGUGUGGUGUGUGGCGUGUCCAAGGAGCACAAGGACCACCACAUUGUGCCCCUCCAUGAAGCACAGCAACUCUGCCAGGAGAAACUAAAGGAGUCUUCUACUGAACUGGCGAAGCAGGUCGACGUAUUAAGUGGAAUUGAAAGUAGCCAAGAAGAAAAAAUUGUGGAACUCAAGGAGAAGACAGCUGCCCUGAGGGAGCGCAUGGUGUCCGAGCUGGACCAGUUACGGCAGUUCCUGCAGCAGGAGCAGGAGCAUUUGCUGGACCUGCUACAGGAGGAAGAGGGACGCCUCCUUGGGGAGAUGCAGGACAUGCUCCACCGCGUCCGUGACCAGAAGACGGCCCUGGAAUCCGAGAUGGCCAAUAUCCAGCAGAGGCUAAGCAAGAAGGAGCCAGCCAUACUUCUCCAGGAUGUCAAAGAGCUGACAGAAAGGGUGAAGCAGGGUACAUCAGAGUGGGAAGUGGUCACGGUGACCAAGAUGAACAUCGGCCCCUUUCAAGGCCCGCUGCAGUACGCAGUAUGGAAGAGGAUGAGGGACAUCAUCAGCCCAGAGGCCAGCGUGUUGGAGCGCUGCUCUCCGGCUUGUGAGCAUUUCAGCCAGCAGCCUGCAGCUGACUGCGGCAGCAAGUGGCGAGAGGGGCUUCGCUCAAACUCUGUGCACGGGUGUAAGUGCAGCAUCAGCAGCCCAGGAGCUGAUAUUGAAAGUACGAGAGGGCGGGGCGGCGAGCUGCGGUCAGCCGCACAGAGACUUCUCGCAGUGCCAGCCCCGUUGACGCUGGACCCAGGCUCUGCCAACCCAUACCUGGUCCUGUCGGAGGAUCUCACCGCCGCCAGGUACUCCUACGCAUCGCAGCAGCUCCCCGAGAACCUGGAGCGCUUCAACUUCUGUGCCUGUGUCCUGGCCUCCGAGGGUUUCACCUCCGGCCGACAUUACUGGGAGGUGGAGGUGGGUGACCAGCCGGACUGGGACGUGGGGGUGGCCGCUGAGUCCAUCGACCGUGAGGGCUGGGUCAUCCUGACGCCCGAAAACGGCUUCUGGACCUUUGGCCACGUGCAGCACCCUAGGAUCGGCGUCUACCUGGACCAUGAGGUGGGUCAGGUGUCCUUCUACCGGGCAGACGACAUGGUGCACCUCCACACCUACGUUGACACCUUCAGUGAGCGCCUCUUCCCCUUCUUCUACCCGAGCGCUGACUCCAACGCCCAGCCCCUGAAGAUCUGUCACCUGCACAUUUGA